UUUCUUUUCUAUAUGUCACAUUUCCUUCAUUGUGUGUGGUGUGGGCUCUUACAAUGCAGAAAGAAUGUCUUGUAAGGAUUUCAAAUAUUUUUGUAUUCAGGAAAGGAAAUCUAAACAUCUCGACUUCAAUAGUGAUCCACUUGAAAAUAUUACGUGACAUUUCAACCACCAAUAUCUUGUGAAAACAAUUAUAUACAAUGAGCGUGGCAGCUAUUCUAGGAGGGGGAAUAGCAGGUCUUUCAACAGCUUACUAUUUGACCAGAACAGCUCAACAAGCCUUUAAACGUAUCAUUCUUAUAGAGGGCUCUAAUCACUUGGGAGGAUGGAUAAAGUCUGUUCGUCAAGACAAUGGUGCUGUAUUCGAACAUGGCCCUAGGAGCUUACGUGGAAGUGGUCAGGCUGGUAUAAAUGCAUUAGAGCUUGCUGAGGACCUUGGUUUGGAAUCUAAGAUCAUUGCUGUUCCACGAUCUCGACCAGCUGCUCAAAAUAGAUUCAUCUAUGUGAAUAACAAGAUUCAUAUUCUGCCAAACAGUUUUAAGAGUCUAGUUAGGAAAACUGAGCCAUUUGAUAAAGCUUUUAUUCGCUAUCUAAUAAACGAUCUUAUCACUAAAGGAAAAAGAAAUGGUGAAGAUGAAACUAUCUAUGACUUUGUGGCAAGGAGGCUUGGCUCAGACAUGGCUAAUUAUGCUAUAGAUCCUUUGUGCAGAGGUGUGUAUGCUGGAGAUGCUAAACAACUUAGCAUUAAAAGUACUUUCCACGAUUUAUGGAAAUUUGAACAAGAAAAUGGGGGAAUCAUAAAAGGUGCUUUAAUUGGGGAGAAGCAAAAAGUUCAGAGUAUAAGCCCCUUGGUGGAAAGAUCAAAAAAAGAACGCUGGGCUAUUUGGUCACUUGACAAUGGCAUUCAAGGUAUUCCAGACAGGAUGGUGGACGUUCUAAAUGCUGAACCAAAUGUUGAGAUAAUGACUGAAACAAAAUGUACUGACCUUGACCUCUCAGGGCCUAGAGUCAAGGUCACUUGUGAUAAUUCAGAAAUCCUUGAGGUUGACCAUGUUUUCUCUACCCUACCAGCUAUGAACCUGUCACCUGCAGUUUCAACAAAUCACCAGCUUCUUUCAAGUGAACUUUCUAAAAUUCCAUAUGUCGAUGUAGCAGUUGUGAAUGUAGAAUUGAAGGGCCAAGUAAUGCCUUUUCUGGGAUUCGGACAUCUGAUCCCCUCUACUGAGAAUUCCAAAGUACUUGGAAUAGUGUAUGACUCGUGUAAUUUCCCUGAACAUGAUCGCAAAGACCAGCCCUCAACUAGGCUCACAUGUAUGAUGGGUGGGGCUUGGUUCCGUCAAUUAUUUGGGGAUCCAGAAACUGCUAACUUGGAUACAUUUACUGACCUUGCCCUAGAAGCAGUCAGGGAACAGAUGGGGAUAACAGCAGACCCCUCUGAAGUAUGUACAACUCUACAGCGUAAUUGUAUUCCACAGUAUGUCAUCGGACACUCCCAAGUAAUGGAUAAUAUAAAUGGGUAUCUAGAAAGCCACAAGCUGCCACUAAGCCUGCUAGGAGCCUCCUACAAGGGUGUCAGUGUGAAUGAUUGUAUCUACCAUGCCAAGCUUGAGGUAGAGAGGGUCACUGGAGAGACUUUACCAUAAGCUGUAUCAUGGCAUAUUUACAGUAUACAGUGAAACCUUGUAUUGGAACUCAUAUCACUUUGACCACUUGAUAGUAGCUGGACUAUUAGUGUUCACUUUGAACAGGGUUGCUGUAAGGGCACAAUCUAUGCAUUUUUCAAGUGAAUAAUAUAAGACACUCUAAAUUGGAUUAAUAAGGACAUUGAUGGUAGUGUAAUGAUUUGCAGAUCAUUUAAAGGAACAUUCUUUUUAAUGUUAUAUAAAUUGUUAAUUGUCCACCUCCCAUCAAAGGAGUUCUUUGAUUCUAGAAGGGUUGAAAUUACCAAUUGUAAAGAAUUUUCUGUUUUGAUCAAAAAUAUUUUAGGAAAUUAUUGGGUCUCCCAGCUAUGGAGAUUCAUGAUAUUGUCAAUGAUUUCUGAGAGUACGUAACAUCACCAGUAGGGUUUUUGACAGUGUUCCUUUAGAUUAUUUAAACACGUUAACAGCUUAUGUAUAUUUUUCUCAAAAAAAAUUUCAAAAAUUUGCACUUGACAAGUAAUGUUUCGUAUUGAGUGAUUGGAUGAAAAUUAUAGGAAAUGUUUUAAUAAAUUAGAUCUAAAUCAAGAUGAGCAUUACUCUGUUUAUAUGCAUUCAAUACAUACGUCAAAAGACACAUUUCCACUGAUCUUUGUCUGGAAAUACACCUUCUGGCUGGUGACUUCAGUAUAAAUGAAAUGUCCCUUUGUGGUAUAUUGCCCCGAAUGCUGAUAAUGGUACAUGAAAGGUGUGGGGAGGGGUAUUAGACAAUGUUUAUUUUCAUGUGGG